UCUUUUUGUUCCCAAGGCCACCUUAAAGUGGAGGGGACGGGGAACAGAAGUUAGGUCUGGCAUUCUUUCCCCCGAACAGGGCUUCUUUGAUCGUUCCAGUCUAGUGUUGGGCAGAUCCGAUCGGAAAAAUUAUGGUCAGGGGUUCGCUUGGCAAGCUUCUUUCCCGAUCCAUCUCGCUCGCCGGAAAAUGGCAACAACAACAGCUACGGCGGCUCAACAUCCAUGAGUACCAGGGUGCUGAGUUGAUGAGCAAGUAUGGGAUAAAUGUUCCAAAGGGUGUUGCUGUGUCCUCCAUUGAUGAGGUGAAGCAGGCUUUGAAGAAUGUUUUCCCUAAUGACAAAGAGUUGGUUGUCAAAAGUCAAAUUCUUGCCGGUGGAAGAGGCUUAGGGACAUUCAAAAGUGGACUAAAGGGUGGCGUGCAUAUUGUGAAAGCUGAGGAGGUGGAACAUAUAGCUGGUAAUAUGCUGGGGCAAAUUCUAGUUACCAAGCAAACUGGACCCCAGGGAAAGCUUGUGAGCAAGGUGUACCUGUGUGAGAAGUUAUCGCUUGUGAAUGAGAUGUACUUUGCCAUUACCCUCGACCGUUCUAGUGCUGGUCCACUUAUUAUAGCUUGUCGAAAGGGAGGAACGAGCAUAGAAGACCUCGCAGAGAAGUUUCCGGAUAUGAUUGUUAAGGUUCCUAUUGAUGUUUUCAAAGGAAUCACGGACGAAGACGCUGCUAAAGUCGUCGAUGGUCUUGCACCUAAGGUGGCUGAUAGGAAUGCUUCAAUUGAGCAAGUGAAGCAGCUUUAUGAACUUUUUUGCAAGUGUGAUUGCACCUUAUUGGAGGUUGCUGCUGGGAAAGCUGAUCUAAACUACAUUGGAUUGGAUGGAGAAAUUGGAUGCAUGGUUAAUGGUGCAGGAUUGGCAAUGGCUACUAUGGACAUAAUAAAAUUACAUGGCGGUACACCUGCCAAUUUUCUAGAUGUUGGGGGGAAUGCUUCAGAAGGCCAGGUGGUUGAAGCGUUCAAAAUAUUAACUGCUGAUGACAAAGUGAAGGCUAUUUUGGUCAACAUAUUUGGGGGAAUCAUGAAAUGUGAUGUGAUAGCGAGUGGCAUUGUCAAUGCCGCAAAGCAGGUUUCAUUAAAGGUGCCUGUGGUGGUUCGAUUGGAAGGAACCAAUGUAGAUCAAGGGAAGAGGAUUCUGACCACCUUAACACAGCUCACAGAAUAUUAA